UGGAACUCACAGAGAAGGCAAAAGGAGGUUAAAGAUGGCCACCACCAGAAGGCAAAAGCACAACCUGUGCUCCACAUGUCUCUUCCUGUUAUUGCCAUUACUCCUACAGUUCUAUUCUGGUCAAAGUGAUCUUCAAUUAAACUACUAUGAACAAAGCUGUCCAAAUGCUGAAGAGAUCAUCAAAAAAGAAGUCUUCAAAUUUUACGAUAAACAACCAAAUACAGCUGUUUCGUGGGUUCGAAAUCUCUUUCAUGAUUGCGGAGUUAAGUCCUGCGAUGCAUCCCUUUUGCUGGAAACAGCAAACGGAAUUGAAUCGGAGCAAGAAUCUGGUAGGAGUUUUGGGAUGAGAAAUUUCGAGUAUGUCAGAACCAUCAAAGAGGCCCUGGAGAAAGAAUGCCCCAUGACGGUUUCUUGUGCUGAUAUUGUUGCUCUUUCUGCUAGAGACGGAAUUGCCAUGCUCGGAGGACCACGCGUUGAAAUGAAAACUGGCCGGAGAGAUAGCCGGGAAAGUUACCUGACGGAGGUGGAAACCGCCAUCCCUAAUCACAAUGAGUCAAUGCCAUCUGUACUUUCUACUUUUCAAUCCAUCGGCAUCGAUACUGAAGGAACUGUUGCACUGUUAGGAGCACAUUCCCUGGGUCGAGUCCAUUGCGUCAACUUAGUCCACAGGCUCUAUCCCACUGUUGAUCCAACGCUGGACCCUGAUUAUGCUAAGUACCUGAAGGGAAGGUGUCCUACGCCGGAUCCUGACCCAAAAGCGGUGCUGUACGCUAGGAAGGACCGGGAUACGCCCAUGAUUCUUAACAAUUUCUACUACAAACACUUGUUGGAACACAAAGGACUGCUCUUAGUGGAUCAGGCGUUGGCUUCUGAUCCACUUACGUCUCCUUUUGUGGAGAAGAUGGCCGCCGAUAAUGGGUAUUUCCACAACCAAUUUGCCAGGGCCAUCCUCUUGUUGUCGGAAAACAAUCCGCUCACCGGCGAUCAAGGAGAAAUUAGGAAGGAUUGUCGCUAUGUCAAUCAGUUGGAUUCCUAAUUAAGCAAAACAAACAAACUACCUUGCUAUCGUGUUAAGCAAUAAUUCUCCUGCUUUAGAUAUUAUGGGCCCCAUGGGCCCCAAGCCUUGUAAUAGUUUCUACAUUAAAUAAAAAAGCUCCAAUCCC